AUGUCAUCUCAUUAGCAUAACCCCUUGAUAUCUACUCCACCAAACGAUGAGAAUGCAUUUCAUACCUAAAAUUCUUUGAAUCUUCCAACAAGUUUUCCCUCUUCAUAAACCAAUAGUUAAUCUGAGAGGCAAACUCUACUGAUUUAACAAAGUUAGCCACUGAAUAAAACAGAAUUGCUAAGAUGGUUAUCCUAGGAAAUCAAUAUUUAAGUCAACAACAUACAGAGAGUUUCUUCUGGUACUUUGAUUAUACUACUUUUUGUUAAGAUAUUUUAAAAUGAUGUUCAAACUCUAUAAGCAAUCCAUAAAUCUGCAAAUAUAAAAGCGAAGGCAGAGAUAGAAAGUUUAACGAACUUUAAGUUCAUCUUCAAACUUUUGUAGGAGUAGAUUUCCUAAGCUGGAGUUAAUUGGAUAGGCUCUCUUAAUGGAAAGCCAAGUGCUCAAGUUGACUUUAUGAACAAAUUAAUCAAAGGUAAAGUUAACGAACUAGUAGAAAUCCUUUAGAUAGUCAAGAAGUUUUACGAUGGGUUCAAACCAAUCAUAGUAAACAAUAAUAAUCAUGCCUAGUGCCAAAAAAUUGUUACACAAAUGUUUGAUGAUGCUUAAAUUAUGGGUAUCGAUAAUAAGAAAUCAGCUUUUUAAGACUCAACUAAUUUUACUAGAUCUCAAUACUCAAGUAAUGCUGGAGGAUAUCAAUACAAAUCUAUAAUUACUGAUUACUCAUAGUCAAACACCUAGAACAAUUAAAGUAGCUGUAACAAUGUAUUAUAAUUUGAAAAACUUCUUACUAGAUCUUACCAAGUUCAAAAUGAUUUGGAAUCUCUAAUCCAAGAUAAUUAAGAGCUUAGAAAGUUAAAUGUUGUUUAAUAGGUAAGAACGAAAGCAGCUGAAAAGGAAAGAGAUUUUUACUUUGGCAAAUUGAGAGAUAUUGAACUACUACUGACAUAAGAGGAAGGAUUAGCAUAAAAGGAGCCUGAGGAGAGAAUGAGGGCUAUAGUAAAGAUAUUAUAUGCCAAAGAAGAUGAAAAUAUAGAAGUAGAUGAAGAUGGAAAUAUAAUUGUCUGA